ACACUCCAGUAUAGUAGUGGCGGUAAUGCACCUUAACGUUGGAUGCCACCCGCCAUAAAACAUGAAGAAGAAGAAGAAGUUGUUCGUCUGGUUUUCUUCUUUACUUUCCUUCCUCUAGUAAAACUUGAAAACAGUGGAUUUGUCGUCGGUGUCUUGUGAACGGGUCACAGCAGAAUGCCAAAGAAAAAGAAAAACGGACUGAGUCCCUCCCGAGCCCCGUUGCAUGCGGCUGAAUACGGGAGCGGAUCCGAGAGUCGAGCACACGGGGCAAACGGACCUUUUGUGACCCGGCCGGACUCAUCAUAUGAUAACUUUGGAUCCACACAGUUCAGGAGCGAUCAGCUGGAAUCUCAAAGCAGAGACGAAAUUAUCGAGAGCAUGCAGGAGAUGUUUUCACAUUUGGAUUCAGAAGUAAUUUACAUGGUGCUCUCAGAAGCAGAUUUUAAAGUGGACAAUGCGAUGGAUUCCCUUUUGGAGCUGUCAGAUGCUGCUGAGGUCAUAGCUCCACCCCCUCCUCCUGUCUCAGGCUUUGAGCAGGCAGCCGCUCUUCUGGGAACAAACACCACUCAAGCAGAUCCCCUCAGUGAAACGGCGCAGAGCUUCAUCUUUUCAAACCAGCCUGCAUCUCAAGCAGAGCUCAGUCCUAAUGAAACACACCUGACAGAGGAGUUUGAUGCUCUCAUAGAUAAGGAACUUCAAACAUUGACGUCACAGCAGUCAAAAACUAGCUCGCAUCCUCUGAUGUCCUCCAUACCACUGUCUUCUCUGCCCCCUCCUUCUCCAUCGAUCCCUCUCUCCUUGCUGCCUCUUACACCCCAGACUCAGCUUCCAGCUCCUCUAACUUUACCAGAGCAGGCUGAGCAGGCCUCAUACUCUGACCCCGGGCUCAGUGAGGCCCAUGGCGGUAGUUCACCCGUGAAUGAAUUAAGUUUUGGUGGGGUUCAUAUCCCUGAGACCAACACCUUAUCUCUUGACUUUAGUCACCUAACACUGGAGGCCAGCUCUACUGAACCACGGCCCUCAGCCUUCCAGGUUUACCGUAGACCUGACCAACUCCGUAACCACGCAGCGGCAAAGCAGCAUCAAGAAGCACUCCGCACUCCUGCCAUGUUCUGGAACACUCAGGCUGCUGAGUUUCAUCCUCGCGCUGUGGGGCCAACCUUCAUUACACCUGUCAUUCCUAACCCCGCACCUUGGAGCACUAAUCCCAUCCAUGCUGCUCAGUGGUUGGCUCAUGGACCUAUCAGACAAGCACCUCUGAAACCUUCCGCGACUGUACCGGAGUCGUGGACUCUGCCCCCCAGGAACAGACUCAUAUUGGAAGGGCAGUUGUUGGUGUUGCUUAGAGGGGCUCCUGGAUCAGGCAAAACCACCCUUGCCAAUGCUAUGUUGGUGCAGAACCCUGGAGGAGUUGUUUUAAGCACUGAUGAUUAUUUUACUCGAAAUGGACAGUACCAUUUUGAGCCAAAUUUACUAGGAGAGGCCCACGAGUGGAAUCACCAGAGAGCAAAAGAGGCUUUUGAAAAAGGACAGUCACCCAUCAUAAUAGACAACACCAAUAUGCAAUGUUGGGAGAUGAAACCAUACGUUGCCAUGGCACAGAAACAUAGAUAUAAGGUGCUGUUUCGUGAGCCAGAUACCUGGUGGAAAACUAAACCCAGAGAGCUGGAGAAGCGCACAAGGCAUCAAGUAACAAAGGAGAAGAUCAGACGCAUAUUAGAACGGUAUGACCGAUUUGUCUCUGUCCAGAGCAUCAUGAAUUCACAAAGACCGGAACCAGUGACAAGUGUUGUGGAUUCGUCACAAACAGAGACUGGGCAACCCCAGCAAUCUUUUCACCCUGGCCUCAGUCAUCCUGAUCUUGUUGGUGACUCUGGGUUGAGCAAACUCAACACAAACCUUUCCUCAUCUCUGCCCGAUGUAUCCUCUGUUAGCCAGAGUUACAGUACCAUAUCUGCAGGUGAGGAAGAAGGUGAAAUGGGCUCAUACAGUUCCAAGGAAUCGGUCUUGUUCCAUGAGAAUAUUCUGGAAGGGUCUGGAGCUCCUCAGUCUGAUCUUCUUGAUACUGAAGGGUUAGACUUAGAGCUAGAUGCCUGCCUUGUGGAUACGGAAAAAGAUUUGGGAAAUUUGAGUAGUGGAACAACUGAAGAAUUUGUAGUGUCAGUGCAUGAAAAGUUUACGGAGCCGCUUGUGGCAUUUUCAGAGUCCAUUGCUCAGCGUGUGAGGAGGGACAGAGUAAAAGAUAGAAAUGCACUAGGAACUAGUGCCAUUGAUCAACCUGUGAACUUUGACUCCAGUGUUGACUCUCCAGGGCAAGAUGAGGAGGGAUGUGAAGGCGAGACUCUUUCUGAAGACAAAGUAGUGCGGCCAGAGCUGUUGGAUUUUGUUGGGGACUGGCCACUGGAAUCUCAUAGUCAACAUCAAGGAAGACUUCAGAAUUCAGAGAAUAAUACUGUUAAGAACACUGUUUUGGUAUCCAGUGUUGUUGAACACAAAGAUAACACUUCUGCUGAUGAAGACAAGCAUUCUGAUACUGAUAAGCUGAAUACAGUUGAUUUUCAAAAACUUGUAGAUCUACUGCAAUGUGGAAUAUACUCUUCUCCAGGUUUUUACCAAGGUCCAGCUCCAAGUAAAGAGACUACUCUGAAUUCCCCUUCCAUUGGUGGAAAAGAGGGUAACAUGAACCUGGAGACUGUGGUUUGGCCUGAACUUCCUGACUGUGUGCUGGAGAGAACGUUUACAGAGUGCACUGACGCAUGCAAAGACUACUCAAAUUCUUCAAGUCCAUCAAAACAGAGAGCAGACCCAACUGAGCAGUCUAAUCAGGUGUCUGCUGAGAAGAACACACAGGAUGAGGUUGAGCAGGAGGACAAUGUGUUGUCAAAAGAUAAAUGCAGAUUGAGCCCAAAUGUCCAAGAAACUCUGUGCUCAAAGGUUGCCGUAGACUCGGAGAGCAGUCUGGAAAGACGAAGAGGGCUUAGCCGAAGAGUGGGGAAAUCUUGUAAACUGGCUCUUACCUUCACCAAUCAAAGCCCUUCAUCACCUUGCUCACAAUCUCCAGUUGUUUCACAUCUGCACCCUGAUCUUACACCUACAGCGCAACCACCUUCAUUGCCUGUGGAGUCAUGUUCCAGUGCCUCAACCCAGACACAACCUCAGGACUUUGCCUUGCUUUGGCGAAUUGACCAGAUGAAAUGUUCUGAAUUAGACUCUGACUUAUCUAUUUGUGGUGUUGUUUUGGAGGGAUACUCUUUGCGUUUCAUGCCAAAAACAAGUCAACAGGAGUCUGCCUGCCAGCAGGGAGUGCCAUACCGUGUGGUCCAUGAGAAGGGUUCUCAGGUAGAAGAGAAUGAUUUUAGAGAAUCUAACUCUAAAAAGCAAAACCUUGAGAUUCUGAGCCGCCAUUUCAGAUGUGUCUCCAUUGAUAUUCUGGAGGACCUUUAUGAGAAGUGCCAUCAAGAUAUCGAGUGGACAACCAACUUGUUACUAGAUUCCGGAGAACGACUGUAUAAAGAAGAUGAUGAGGGAGAUGAUUAUUUGGUUCCUGAGGAAGAGCCAUGUAAAUCAUCUAUAAAACCAUCAGAAACUGUGAUGGGCUCAGAAAGUGUUCAGGCUAGACCUGUAUUGUCUGAUGACUCCAGCAACAGUUCAGGAAGUAGCAUCAGUCUCAAGUCCCAAGAAACUAACCUUAGUGACGUUAGCCAAGCUGAUGAUGAUUGGACUCCAGGUCAAAGUUCACAAAGUGAAGCUGAAGGAUCUGAUGAGGCAGGCAUGACAAAGGAGAAAUGUAAGCCUAAAACUUCCUUUGGAGCAUUAAAACAGCCGACAAAAGGCACUGAAGUACAACUGGAGGUUACGGCAGCUAAUGAGCAACAGACAGACAACACAGGUCAGCAAGGUCCAGAGCAGGAAGAGGCAUUUGAGAAAGUUCAAUGCCUGGAGGAAGCAUUGAAGGAAUGGAGUGAAGAGGAGGCAGGAGAGAAGGAAAAGGAGGAUGAGGAGACAGGAGCAGAGGUGAAUGCCAUAACACAGUCACUGCUGUAUCAGAUUGACCAAAUGGAGCGCAAAGAGGAGGAAGAGAGGAAGGAACGAGAAAGGGAAAGAAGGAGAACUGCACAGGGUGGGAGGGAGCCAAGUUCAAUGGAUAUUCAAACCUUGGAGCUGAAACUUACAACUGAACUUGCAUUGCAGCUCACUGAGCUUUUUGGACCUGUUGGGGUCAGUCCAGGUGUGUUUUCAUCAGAUGACUGUGCAGUGCAGAUAGACCUGAACUUGGCCAAACUGCUGCACCAGAAAUGGAAGGAGACUAUCCAAGAGAAGCACAGACAGGCAGCUCUGUCCUAUCAGCUAAUCCAAGAGAGUCCUGUCCACUGGGGUGAAUCGCAGGGAAGCAAAACCAGACUGAGGGACCAAUUAGGUUUGCGUGAAGAAAUUCCUUUUAUGGAUCAUUGGAGUGCAUCCUGUGCUCCUGUCUCACUGAGGGACAUCAUGAUCGAAGAGCAGGUGAUGCAAGACAGCAUGGAGAAGUCCAGGUCAAGUCGGAAGGACCUGGAUAAGAAAGACGGUGCAGCCAAGCUGAAGGAGAACCAGCUGUUUUCCAUGUUCCCCUCCAUAGACCGACAUUUUCUCAGGGACAUCUUCAGAGAUCACAAUUACUCUCUGGAGCAGACCGAACAGUUUUUGCAUACUCUACUUGAUGACGGGCCAGUCAAAAACGUAGUGGCACCUGAACCUGCCCCUCAACGUAAUGGUGCGCACAGAACUCCGAGCAAAGAGCGGAGAUGGAAACUGAAAGAUGGGGAGGUGGAAGCUGCUCAAUUCCAGGAUUCGGAGGAUCCAGAAUAUGAGGACUUCCGCACAGAGGCAACACUGCAGAGACGUCAGCAGAUAGAGUGUUUUAACAAGGCAGCUGAAGCUCAUCGACAAGGACGAAAGGACGUGGCUAGUUUCUACACACAACAGGUUCAAGAGAUGAAUAUUAUAAUGUGUGCUAAAAAACUGAUCGAAAAACAAAAUAAUCGUUUUGAGACAAACACAAAAUUGUAAACGUUGUUAAUAGUGUCUUAAGGUAAGAAUCAUCUGGUGACAAACUAUGUGUCUGUCCACAUUGAACACUGAACUGCUGCGCUGCAAGACAAUAACAUUUUUGAUGUUUAACAGAUGGGUAGGUCUACCAAGUACAACCUCACAAAAAUAGUGUGAAACAGUGCCAGCCAUUUUUCAGAAGCCUUGCUUCCGGAAGCAUUUUCACUUUAACUUUUCUUAUAGGAUUUUUUUUUUUUUUAAGUCUUUGUUUAACAGUUAUAA